CCUCUCCUCCUCCUCCCUCCCUCAUUCCUCCUUUUUCUCAGCCGGUCCCAGAUAAGACGGGGGCAGAAGUAUUUCUCUUCGGCCACUUCUGAAACUGGAGCCACCAGAGAAGCUUGAAAGGAAACUCUCUCACUUCACUUUUCUUCUUCUUUUCUUUUUGAAAUCAACUUUUAUUUACAUGCAACUUGAAAUCCUUCCUUUUUUCUGACCUUCUCACUUUGCAUUGAAGCAUCUUUACUCACCUCAGAGUCCCUUUUGGAAAUCACACAACUCCUCAUCCUUGUGCACAAAGUCUUUCAGGAGAAUAUCUUCACAUGCAGCUGCAUGUUUUUACCCGCUAAGCUUUCUUUGCAUCAAUAUUUUCUGCAGGAGAAUUCAAGGGAAUCAUGUCAGACCUGCAAAGGAUCAAGAUAAUGGACCCUGCAUCGAUGAGACAAACCUGACAAAAGAGACACUUAAGAAACAAGAGAAGAUGGAGAAACAUCUCAUCUGAUGGUCAGACGAGGAGGGAGCGGAGACUAUUCAGAACAGGUGUCACCUUCUAGUUUCCCAAACAAAGAGUAAGAAGAGUUGUUCCCUUAAAUUCAACAAAAGCAGCAGUUUGGUGCAGAAAGAGAUGGAUGGACAGGUGCAGACACACCUGCAGUAGGAUGAAAUAAGUUGGCGUCUCUUGACCCUCUUCAUUCUGAGAGAAAACACUUUAACUCUAAAGAGAGCGUCAUGAAGCUGUUGAGCCUCAGUCGGGGGUUUCUGAUUCUCCUGCUGCUCUGGAUCUUCUCGGCCAUCGUCGGAGCAGCUGGGGUCUCGAGCGCAGAACGAGGAGGAGCAGGAAGGAGCCAGAGAAGGAGAGGAGGCGGCGGUGGUGGUAGCAGCAGUGGCGUCGCAGAGAGGAGAAGGAAGUUUCACCGUAUCCAGCACGGGCAGUGCAGCUACACCUUCAUCCUGCCGGAGCUGGACGCGUGCCAGGGCGGAGGAUCUUCAGCGCAGACUGAGCAGUAUGGCGUCUCUCCUGGCGGGUCGAGCAUCGUGCAGAGAGACUCGCCGCCUUUAGACGGUGAGUGGUCGGCUCAGAAGCUGCAGCACCUGGAGAGCACAAUGGAGAACAACACGCAGUGGCUGCAGAAGGUAAGAAACAAAAUACCUCUCCUCCUUAUUCUUCUUUCUUCACUCAUAUCUGGAACCUUAAAGAUCUGUUAUCCAAGGAUCAGUUUGAUGUUUACAGACAGAAAAUUUGGUUGGCCUGAAGAGUAUCAGGCCCUGACUCAGUUAAAGUCUUCCUCUUUGUGUGUCUUCAGUCGUUUGGAGAGUAAAGUUCAGAUGUUGGAGUCUCUGCAGAAAGGAGAGCUAGAAGACAUGAGGGAGGAGAAGAACAGACUGCAGUCUGUGGUCAGUACUCAGAUGGCGGCCAUCGAGUCUUUAGAGAGGCAGCUGAGAGUCGCCAGCAGCAACAACACCGCUCUGCAGAGGCAGCAGGCUCAGCUCAUGGAGUCAGUCCACACACUCAUUAACAUGGUGGCUACUACAGGGUUACUUCCUGGAAGCCAGAUGUGGAAGGACUGUGCAGACGCUUACAAGGCCGGUCACUCUGACAGUGGCCUGUAUCAGAUCUACAUCAACAACAGGACUGAACCUGUGCAGGUGUUCUGUGACAUGGAGACAGGUGGAGGCGGCUGGACGGUCUUCCAGCGAAGGUUUAAUGGCAGCGUGGACUUCCAGAGAAGCUGGAAGGAGUACAAAAUGGGUUUCGGGGACGUGUUAGGGGAACACUGGCUGGGUAAUGAAGCUUUGUACCUGCUGAACAGUCAGGGUCAGUACUCUAUGAGAGUGGAGCUGAUGGACUGGGAGGGAAACCCCGCUCAUGCCUACUACGACCGGUUUACACUGACCAGCGAGAUACAGCAGUACAGGUUGUAUCUGAGAGGUUACAGUGGCACAGCAGGGAGGCAGAGCAGCCUGGCAACCAAUGGGAUCAGCUUCAGCACCCGAGACCAAGACAACGAUAACUGUGACCACUGCAAGUGUGCCCUGAUGCUCACUGGAGGUUGGUGGUUCGAUGCCUGUGGUUUCUCCAACCUGAACGGUAUUUACUACACUGUUGGUCACAACAUCAGGAAGCUGAACGGCAUCAAGUGGCACCACUUCAGAGGCCCCAGCUACUCCCUGCGCUCCACCUCCAUGAUGAUUCGACCAUAUGACUUCUAACAACAUCUUUACACAUUACAGUAGAACCUUUGAUCCUGAGGACUGUCUAGUUUCAUGAUGGUACGACCCGAUUCCUAAGGCCCACAAGUAUGAAGAUGGUACGAUACUCCUCCCUAGGACAGUCCAGUAUCAUUUUGUAAGACUUUCGUCCCUAGGACCAUCCACUAUCACAAAGCUGGUAUCCUCUGCUCUGGGACCAUCCAGUUUUAUGUUAGUACGACCAUAGGAUUGUCCAGUAUCAAGCUGGUAUGACCUUCUGGCUCAUGACUGUCCAGUAUGGUAAUGGUACGAUUUUGCCAAAGGUUCUACCAGUAUCAUAAUUAUGGGAUCCUCUGCCUCAUGACAAUCCAGUAUCAUGACGGUAUGACCCUCAGCCUUGGGACUGUCCAGUAUCAUGAUGGUGCUACACUCUGCCUUAGGAACAUCUAGUUUAUUGAUGGUACUGCUCCCUAACUAAGGAUUGAAGGAAUGGCUGACCAGUACAAUGGUAACACUACUCUCAGCCUUAGGACGGUUUGGAAUCAUGAUGGUACCACUUUCUCCCUAACAUAAUGGAAUGACCCUAAGCCUUUGACUUUCCUGUAUCAAAGGGCAUGACCUUCAGCCCAAGGAAUGUCCAGUAUCAUGAUGGUACGGCCCUUCUGCACUAGGACAAUCCAACAUCAUGAUGACACAACCCUCCAAGAUUGGACAAUCUAUUUUGGAUGACCCUUGCCCUAAGACCAUCUAUUACCAUUGUGGUACAAAGUUCUGCCUAAGGACCACCUAGUACUGGGAUAUUAAAGUCCUCAGCUUUAGGUGAACUAGUGUCUUGAUUGCAUAAGCCUCUGCACCAGGACCAUCUGAUUCCAAAAAGGUUGCAACCCACAGCCUUAAGACUGUCCUGUAAUAUGAUUGUAUGACAUGCUGCCUUGGCACUUGGUCUCGUUACAUUAUUAAAUCAGCCAUGACCUUUGACUGUACAGCAUCUUAAGGACAUAACCUUCAGCCUUUGAACUGAUGGUAUCAUAAAAGUAUGAACCUCAGACUGAGUACAGUACAAGGACUGCAUUAGUACUUGCCAGUGUCAUGAUGGUACAACAUUUCUAAGGAUUGUCCAGUGACAUGACGGAAAGACCCUCAAUCUUUAUCUGUCUGUAUCAUAAGAGUAUGACCUUCAGCCUGAGGAGUGUUCAGUAUUAUUAUGGUAAACGUUUCUGCGCUUGGAGCAUCCGGGAUCAUGAUUGUAAUGGUAUGAUCCAUUACUCUUGGACCAUGAGAAUCCUGUUAGCUUGUCAGUCUAAGGACUGUCAAGUAUUUGAUGGUAUGGCCCUUUGCCCCCAGACCAUCAAGUGUCAUAAUGGAAAGACCUUCUGCCCAAGAGUCGUCCAGUAUUACGAUGGCACAACCCUCUUGUUUUGAUGAUGGCAUAACCCUAAGUCUUAGAACUUUUCAUUAUUAUGUUUUCCAUUGUAAUGAUUGUACAAACCUUUAGCUCUCCAUUAACGUAUGCCAAAUCAGCAACCCUAUCAACCCUGAAAGGGUUUUCCGGAAGAAUUUAAGGGUGUUCAACACUGCUACCAACAGAAAUAUGACCAAAUGGUUUGUUCACAUGGGACUUUGGCCACAAGCCUCAGAGGGAGUUUAUAUAAUACAAACACAGGUGCUGUGUAUUACAUACAGACAUACAUGUUUCUUAAUGACAGCCAUCAUUGCUUCAGGAUAAAGUUGCACAUUCCACUAACCUCUACAAAAAGCCAACAAAGGAGGUCAAUAAUACACAUAACAACAUCAAGGAUGGUUUUAUCUAUAUCACUUUUCUCAUUAAAUAUUUACAAAUUAAUUAUUUGAACAUUAUUUAAAGGUAGUCAGCAGCAAUAUUCUUUACAGCUUGCAAACACACAUUCAAACAUCCUCCUGGGCUCAACAUCCCCAGGAGCUCACACUCACUGAAGGACGUAGUGUUUACAUUUACUGCUUGUAGCUACACUGCAAGCUACCGCACACUAGCACAAGCUAACCAUUGGUGUUUUUGGCAAACAGAAAGCAGACCAACUCCUUCUGACAGACAACAGGUUUCACCCACGUUUUAGAACGAGCUUUAGUAGCGUGGCAUUUUGCCUCACUAUGAUUUUCUUUUGCUGCUUUGCCGCUGCAUCUGCCAUAUUCGCCGGUUCAAAUUCCAUCAAAUUGCUGAAUUGUAUCCACUCCAAAACUCACCUGUGUGGGCUAGAGGAAAAAGAAACAGCUCCCCGCCCAGAAAAGUCCCGUGCCAACCAAACAAACCAAACCAUGAAAAUCCAGUCAGAGGACAGAGUCUCUGCAGACACAGUCCCCACCACACAUGAUUCGAGGCCCAGAAGGGACGAUGGAGCAGCUUCACUUAGGAUAAGUCUGUUUUUUAUUUUAUUUUGGAAAAAGCUGCUGACUUUAUCUCUAAGAAUGACAACUACACACAUCACACAGAAAGACAAUUAAAUAAAUUAAAAUAUCUUAUUACUACCAUCCAUUCAUUUGACGGCUGAUUGAAUCACAAUGCAUUUGAGGGACGUUAACAUAAAAAUAAAGUUCUUAGAGAAGUCAACAUGCAAAAAAUCUUAUUCAAAAACUUAAAAUUAUUUUUUUAUAUGUGGGACUACUACAGGUCACACAUAUUAAAUAGAUCAAAGGAGUUGAAGGACAUAUGAGUAGGUUAUUAUUUAAUGUUUGAGCAUUUUUUUUGUCAUCAUAUGAACUGUGUUUUUAUGUCAUAAACCUGUUUAUUCCAGAUUAUUAACAGGAUUAAGAUAUGUUUGAAAGACAGCUGAGAUAUGAAAAAAGAUUUUUUUGUGGUCAUGUCAUGUAUCAUUACCAGUGAAGACUAGUGGAUCCACAGUGAAAAAACUGGACAGGGUAUGUAUGAAUGUGAGUGUACAAAAAAAUUGUAAUGUGUGGAUUAAGAUGUUUGUGUAAUUUAUCAGAAAAA